AUGCGCGCAAAAAAACGUGCGGAUCCCUCCCCCUUCCCCCCUCAGCAGGGGGAGGGGGAGGGAAACACACUACAAAUUGGCAAAUGUCACCGCUUGCUGCAUAAACCUGCCACAUAA